CUUCUCCUUCAUAUAUGUUGAUGACUUCCUGACUACCUUCUCGUUGGCAAACACCGAGUCAAUUGAUACCUUUACCAUGGCUACCCUUCCGCGACUCCCCAGUCUUCUCCGGACUUCCUCCCGGACAGUGGCCAGACGCAUCCAUCCCCUCAUCCAGUCCCCCGCAUUACGGACCCUGGCAACCAAACACCCAAAAGACUUCGUUCCUCCCACGGAAGAUGACUUGCUAGAGCUACGUGAGCGAGUCCAGGAAUUCACCCGGCGAGAAAUCCCUGAGGAGCUUGCCGCGCGGACAGACACUCAGAAUGAAUUCCCGGCGGAGAUGUGGAAGAAGCUCGGCGAAGCUGGAUUCCUAGGUAUCACAGCGAACGAGGAAUACGGCGGUCUCGGAAUGGGCUACCAGGCCCACUGCAUAGUGAUGGAAGAGAUCAGUCGUGCAUCCGGAAGCAUCGCCCUCUCAUAUGCGGCCCAUUCACAGCUCUGCGUCAACCAACUCUCGCUGAACGGAAACCCCGAACAAAAAGAACGGUUCCUCCCUGGUCUCCUUUCAGGAGACAAGGUCGGCGCUCUCGCCAUGUCCGAGCACUCGGCUGGGUCCGACGUGGUGAGCAUGAAGACAACGGCCAAGGCUGUAGACGGGGGGUGGGUGUUGAACGGGACGAAGAUGUGGAUCACGAACGGCCCAGAUGCAGAUUACAUUGUGGUAUAUGCGAAGACUGAGCCCGAGAAGGGCUCCAAGGGUAUCACUGCAUUUGUCGUCGAGAAGGAAUCAAAGGGAUUCUCGUGUGCCCGGAAACUCGAUAAGCUGGGUAUGCGCGGCUCGAACACUGGAGAGCUUGUCUUUGAGGAUGUCUUCGUGCCCAAGGAGAAUGUUUUGGGAGAGGUGAACCGCGGGGUCAAGGUGUUGAUGGAGGGGUUGGAUUUGGAGCGUCUGGUGCUGAGUGCGGGUCCAUUGGGAAUCAUGCAGGCUGCGCUAGACCUCGUGUUGCCAUAUACGCAUGUCCGCAAACAGUUCGGGAUGCCCAUUGCUCACAAUCAACUGAUCCAGGGUAAGCUGGCAGACAUGCACACGAAGCUUGCGGCCUCGCGCGCCUACACAUACGCGACUGCCCGACAGAUCGAUAACUCCGCCGGAUCUCCGUCCGGAGCCGUCAUCCGCACCCAGGACUGCGCAGGGGCGAUUCUGUAUGCUGCUGAGCGCGCUACAGAAUGCGCCCUCGACGCGAUCCAGCUCAUGGGAGGAAACGGAUACAUCAACGAGAUCCCCGCAGGGAGACUGCUACGAGAUGCGAAAUUAUACGAAAUUGGAGCGGGGACGAGUGAGAUCCGGCGCAUGGUGAUCGGACGGGCCUUCAACAAGGAAUACGCAUAGAACCUCAGGCUGCUAAG